AAACCGAAACAGCCAACCCUAGAAUCGCUCGUUUCCUGUCCCUCCUCCUGUGUGCGGCGCCGCCGCUGCGCACAGGCCACAUCUCCUCGCCCUCCUCCACAUCUCCGGCCAAAGCGCUCACUUCUCCGGCCCUCCUCCACAUCUCCUCGCCUCCACCCCAUCCACUUCCUGUCCAAGACUAUGGCAACGGAGCUCGGCGGUUGCGGCCCUUCUCCAAGACUGCAGCGUGGUGCUCGGCGGCUGCGGCAACGGAGCUGAUGGAGCGCGAGCCGACCAGUUCAACGGAGGCGGUAGCACGGGGCAGCGGCAGCAGCAUGGAGGGCGUCCGCUUGACUGGAAAGGUACAAAUGUUCUUGAUGCAGUUUCAGUACGUGUAUGCAGUUUCAGUCUUCAGCAAUUUGUCUCGUCCAAAGAAAGUAUUUGUUGAUAGUGAGAGUGAGGAUAAUGAUGGGGUGAGUGAGGAUGGGGAAGAUGCUCCAUCCAUGCAUGAUCAGCAAGAGGCGCAAAUGCAAGUGGAAAAAGAGACACAAAUUCAAGUGGAAAAGGACGCACCACCAACAGAUGGCAAUUUGGAGACCCGUAGAUCUGUACGGCUUGUCAAGAAGAAGACCAAGGGCGUCAACAGCCUAUACCCGCUGCUUAGAAAUCUGCUGAAAUGCCACAUGAAGAACUAAGGAUAUCAAGAAGCUUUUGGAUGUAUGCAAGCUUGGAGCUGCUGUUUUAUAGAAAUGACACUUGACGAAUAACCAAGGAUAUCAAGAAGCUUUUGGAUGUAGGCAAGCUUGGAGCUGCUGUUUCAAUGUCAUGCUUUGAUAGUUGUCUUUUGGAGCUGUUGUUUCUAUGUGUAAUACUUUAAGUCUGUUGGCUGUACCGGACUAUUUAAACUCUGAACUAUGUUGUGAUGGUUGAACUGAUGUUGGACUGUUAAGGGUUAUGUUGGAGGCCACUUUAUAACUAAUGUGUGCCUGUUAUGUUGGACA